GCGGAUGGUAAAGAUGGUGUGCCGGGUGUGGCUGGUCCAAUAGGACCACGCGGUUACCCAGGGAUACUCCCUGAAAUGCUUUAUCGUAAAGUGGAUGGUUGUAGGAUUUGCCCCUAUGGGCCCAAAGGAGCUACAGGUAGUCCUGGAAUAAACGGAGUGCAGGGCUCCCCUGGCUAUCCUGGCCAAGAUGGGAGAAAUGGUACGCCUGGAAACAAGGGACCUGUCGGAGAGCCCGGGACACCUGGACGAGCAGGAGAAAGUGGACAAAUUGGUAAGCUGUAA